CCGGCGACGGGAAUCAUUUUCUCUCUCUGUAUCGAUCUUUCUGUUUCUAUACGAACGAAGUACAUUUUCGAUGUUAUCGAACGUUGAUUCAAGAUGAUAGUGAUUCUUAUCCUGUCAGGUUAGGAAUCUUUGUUUCACAACUUGAGAUUCCUGAGAAAUGGAUGGGAAUGCUUCUUGCGAAGAGAGUGGUAACAUUGACUGGGAUACUGAAGAUGAACUCGAAAUUCAAGAUAUCCCUGUAUCUUCUUGUUCAAGGGUGAUGAUUCCAGGUGAACCUGUUCCUGGUACAGGAGAGGCAAGCUCAUCAAAAGAUCCUUCCCUCGCCAAGUUGGUUCAUCAUUUUGUAGGGAUGGGUUUUUCUGAGGAAUUGGUUGCAAAAGCAAUUGAGGAAAACGGAGAAGGCAAUACAGAGUCAAUUCUAGAAACUCUCCUCACAUACUCAGCUCUUGCAGAACCUCCUCAACAACAGCAAUGUGUCAAUUCCGAUAAGAGCUCUUCAGAGUAUGAUGAGAACUUUCUGGAUGAUCUCUCUGAUACAGAUAGCUGGAAUGAAAGCAAGUUAGCUGAAAAUACAAGUUCCUUGUCUGACAUGGAUAAAAUACUGUUGUCCUUGGCCAAUAUGGGGUACACAGUUGAAGAGGCUUCAAUAGCCAUGGAUAGAUGUGGCCCAGAAGCCACAAUUGGAGAAUUAACAGAUUUUAUAUGUGCUGCUCAAAUGGCAAAGGCAGCAGAUGCCUAUCUGCAAGAAUUACCCACUGAAAUUAAGCCAAAGCUCAAUGGUAAACACAAGAAGAGGAAGUAUUAUGAGUAUGAGUUGUGGAAAGGGAAAAGGCAGAAGGGGUAUCAAAAGAAAAUCCUGGAUGAAGACAGCGAGACUAUUCGUCUUCCCAAACCAAUGAUUGGGUUUGGAGUCCCUUCAGAAGCAUUUAUGGUACCAAAUAGAACUCUUCCAGAAGCAGCAAUUGGUCCCCCGUACUUCUAUUAUGAGAAUGUUGCGCUAACUCCUAAAGGAGUUUGGGACACUAUUAAAAGGUUCUUAUAUGAUGUUGAACCAGAGUUUGUCGAUUCAAAGUAUUUCUGUGCAGCUGCAAGGAAAAGAGGCUAUAUUCACAAUCUUCCAAUCGAAAAUAGGUUUCCUCUUCUUCCAUUACCCCCACACACCAUACAUGAAGCAUUGCCAUUAACGAGAAGGUGGUGGCCAUCAUGGGAUGAACGGACAAAGUUGAACUGUUUGCAAACUUGCAUUGGGAGUGCAAAGUUGACUGAGCGGAUUCGCAAGUCACUUGAAGAUUCGGACGAUGUACCAUCACUGCAUGUACAAAAUUAUGUUCUUAAUGAAUGCCGAAAGUGGAAUCUUGUUUGGGUGGGAAGGAACAAGGUUGCCCCUCUAGAGCCUGAUGAAGUGGAAAUGCUAUUGGGCUUUCCAAAAAACCAUACAAGGGGAGGUGGUAUAAGUCGGACUGACAGGUAUAAAUCCCUUGGGAACUCAUUCCAGGUUGACACAGUCGCCUAUCAUCUCUCUGUCUUGAAAGACAUAUUCCCAGGUGGCAUCAACGUUCUAUCACUUUUUUCGGGGAUUGGCGGUGCAGAAGUUGCCUUGCAUCGAAUUGGUAUUCCCUUAAAGACUGUUGUAUCAGUUGAGAUCUCCGAAGUAAAUCGAAACAUUGUCAGGUGUUGGUGGGAGCAAACAAACCAAAAAGGGACACUUAUUGAUAUUGCUGAUGUACAAGAGUUAGAACCUGACCGAUUAGAGCAGCUAAUGUGCACCUUUGGUGGCUUUGACUUGGUUAUUGGUGGAAGCCCAUGCAAUAACCUUGCAGGCAGUAACAGGCAUAGCAGGGACGGAUUAGAGGGUAAAGAAUCCUCACUUUUUUAUGAUUAUUUUCGUAUACUCGACCUGGUGAAGGGUAUGAUGGGUAGUAAACAAUAAUUCAACUAGAAAUGGCCAAUUUUUUGGAUAUCAUGUUCAAAUAUCUUAGGUCCUUUUUUUAAUCUGUUUUUCUGUUAUCUGGAUAAUGCUAUCACUGACUUGUAGUUUCCAAUUUUAAUUACUUGUCAAAGUAAAAGGAAUUGUUG